AUGAUCUCACAAUCGAAACCGACCUUCUCAUCCCCUAGGGAACACUGGCAGCUCGCUGUCGAAGCCCGUUGCUCAGCUCUACACGCCUUGACGAUCCCCGAUGCCCAGGUUGAUAGCGCCGUCGCUGAACUGUUUGACGAUGAGCUGCGAGCGAUGCGCGGGGCUCUCGCACAGAUGGAGGCGCUGCGCAAUCGCGUCGUCGUGCACGCGACGAUGCUACCACUACAGCUGCUCGCGCGGGUCUUCUUCUUUGCCUCGGGGCUAUGUACUCCACCCGGUGGCUACCCGGAGUACUGUAGGAAGCAGCAGCCCGUUUCCGUGUCCAUACCGGAUCUCGUCGCCUGCUCACAUGUAUGCAGGAAGUGGAGAACGGUCGCACUCGGACAUCCCGAACUCUGGACAUCGCUAUCCUUCCCCGCAUUGACCGCACCUCUUGGACGGUUAUUUGCUGAGCGUUCGCGCCACUUCCCGCUCGAUAUCAACGUCGACGCUUCGUUGGUCCUCUCACAAUGGCCGCGCGACUUCUCCAGAAGUGUCCAGGACGCAAACGCGGUACAACGUGUACAGACUCUUGCCCUGGCCGCGGACAUCGCGUCUCAACGGGGCAUAAGCGAGUUGCGCGAGGUUCUUUCCAUCUUUGGCACGGAUGCCCGCAGUCUGCACACGCUUUCCAUCCACGGCGCUCAUCGUGGCACCGCAUCCGUCCUGAAGCUUCCCUCCGAUCUUUUCGCAGAUGCGCUCGGGCUUUCGACCCUUUGCCUAAGCCACGUACUCCCUGCUCCUGAUGCUUCGAUGGUCCGUGGAUUGACCAGGUUGAAUGUACGAGCGCCAUACUCGAUUCUGGCGACAGGCGAUUCUCCGUGGCUUUGCGCCUUUUUGCGGAAUGCGCGUCGGUUACAAACCUUGACCAUCUCUAUCGACGACGCUUUCAAAGCCGACAUCUCGCGCUCCAAGAGUGUGCUGUUCCACGUACCCGAGUCAUUAUGCAAGGUUACAUUACACGGCGCCGCACCCGCCUGUAUCUCCCUAGCGCUCCGCUUUCCACCAGAUGUGCGGCUGUCCAUGAACAUUCAUGGGCCCGCCGGUUCACAGUUACCAGUACUGCUUGACACUCAGUUCCCGUCAUCGGCUCCCGUACGCUCGUUACUCCUUUCGACGGAGAGCAGCGGCAGGGGCCUCGCGGCGCUGGGCGCUUGGCACACCAACUUUGCACGACGCGACAUGCCCGGCACGACUGGGAGCGAGACACCACCCGGAUCGAUGAUGUCGUCGCGUUCUACCCGACCAGUAACCCUACGGUCAUCCGCCUCAUCCACCUCGUCUUCGAGGGUUUCAUCGUACGGAUCCUUGGCUUCCGCGUUCGCAGGGACUUCCGUUUCAUCCCGCACCUCCGCAGCGCCCUCUCCCGCCCCGUCUCCCAAACCGCAUCUCGACGUUGGCAUCCUCGACCAUGUCCCUUCUGCAUCCCAUACCGCUCGCAAACCGGCGCUCUGGCUGGAUGCACGUAGGACAGGAGGAGGCAUCGUUGCUGGCACCGGUUGUAGUGUCAUCAAGACCCUGGCCAUGGAUCUCAGCGCAUUGGAGACAAUGCGCGUCGAUGAGCGCGAUCUUGGUCAGGUUGCGAAGGGGAAGGGAUGCUCUGGACCUGCGUGGACACCUGCCGGAUGGAACAUGGCUUUUGGUUCUUCCAAGUCCAUGAAAGAGGUCUUCGUUCACGGUCCGGCGUCGCAAUCGCUUCUAGUAGCUCUAUCGACUCCUCACUCUCCCUCCCCCGCCGGAUCCCGCCGUAACAGCCGCGAACGAGAUGGCUACGAGGUCUCUUCGCGAGGGAUACUGUUCCCAGAGCUAGAGCUCCUCGAACUGCACGAAGUUCGGCCUGAAGAUGUGGACGUGUCUGGUGCUCUUGCUCGCCGCGCUCAGAUUGUAGGGCGAAAAAUUGGUACUCUUCGGCUUCCGCGCGUCUUUGAAUGCGUGCGCGGCUUCGGCCGCGGGGCAGAAGAUGUUGAGUUCUUUGACUGA